AUGGCCCGCCUCUUUGUCUUAAUCUUCCUUCUUGCGUUUCUUUGCAGCGUCCGGGCUCACUCGCAGUGUUCGGCCAUCAUCAACAAGUUCUCGGCCACAUCGGCAGAAGGAAGUUGGUUGUGGGGGUGGGUAUGGGGCGUCGAAAGUUCUGUCUCAGUCGUGGAUCGCUCCCCCCCGGUCACCUAUCAUUCUCGCCCUGCAUCAUUUGGCCUCGAGCUCAAAGACCCUCUGCUUGGAUACGUUAUCCCACUAUCGUCGUUUACGGUUUCAUGUCCUACCAAUGAUACGUCUAUUAAGGCCGAACCUCCGAAUUCUGGUUGUCCACCGCUUUGUUCGUCUGGCGAUCGCCACCCGGAUCCGACUGAAUCGUGGAUCGCUCUUGUACAACGUGGUCAGUGCCCUUUCGUCGACAAGGUAAGCCAUCGAUCAUGGUCCGAUGUCCGGGAGUCGCAGCGCCUAGGUGCCAGAGCCGUUGUUGUCGGCGGUGAAGACCCUGACAUCAGUGGCAUAUCAGACACUCUCAUUAGCAUGUACAGUAAAGAAGACGCUUCCGACGUUACCGUCCCUUCGACCUAUAUCAGAUAUGCGGAUUAUCAGGAAUUAAUUGUAUUAAUCGGAUCUUCGACUACCUCCCACGCCGGCCUGAAGACACUCUCACUUUUGAUCACCGCAGAGUACCCGGCUUGGGAAUGGUAUUCGCCAAUUUUGACCUUUGUUAUCAUUCUGUUUCUCCCUUCUUGUCUCACUUUUGUCACUCUUCUCAUUCAUCGUGUACGGAUCGCUCGUGCCGCUCUGCGCGACAGAGCCCCAGAGCAUCUGGUCAAGAGUCUCCCUUGGAGAGUUUGGAACGGGACGACUUGGGAAAAACAUGAGGGAUCUGUACCUCACCUAACCGCCCUAUCAUCGAGUACGGUGGAUCUCGAGUCUGGUGCCUCGCACUCGGCUUCAUCUCACGAAGCAGUUGAAGACGCCCAUAUACCCUGGUAUGAGACGCAAAUCGAAUGCGCGAUUUGUAUCUCCGGGUUCUCAAAAGGCGACCGUGUUCGUGAACUUCCCUGUCAUCAUAUUUUUCACCUUGAGGAGAUUGACAAUUGGCUCGUCAACCUCAAGAAAGUUUGUCCUGUCUGCAAAGCUGAUGUAACCCAACCUUGGAAUACCUCCAAGCUGCCGAGUCCGUCUGCAGUGGUAACGGAGGGUGAGGAUGCUGUGGAUCCGGCCCCUCCGACAGAACACACUCCACUACUUCCCUCGCGAGAUCGGGUUGUAUCUUCAUGA